GGCGGAAACCCAAAGCUGCUGUGUAAUUGUACGUGUAGCUGCUGGAGCAGCUCGGUCUUUUUGUGACAAACACUUUAUUCCCAGAAUAAAAAUGCCGGACUAUUUGGGAGAAGACCAAAGGAAGACUAAGGAAGAGGAGAAGGAUGACGCACCUAUAAGAGCUUUGGAUGAAGGGGACAUCGCCCUGCUCAAAACAUAUGGUCAAAGCACCUACUCCAGACAGAUCAAACAAGUAGAAGAUGACAUCCAGCAGCUGCUCAAAAAGAUCAACGAGCUGACAGGCAUUAAGGAGUCGGACACAGGCCUGGCUCCACCAGCACUGUGGGAUCUGGCUGCUGACAAACAGACUCUACAGAGUGAGCAGCCGCUGCAGGUUGCAAGAUGCACAAAGAUCAUCAAUGCAGACUCCGAGGACCCGAAAUACAUCAUCAAUGUUAAACAGUUUGCCAAGUUUGUGGUGGACCUGAGCGACCAGGUGGCCCCAACUGACAUUGAGGAGGGCAUGAGAGUCGGUGUUGACAGAAACAAGUAUCAGAUCCAUAUUCCUCUGCCUCCUAAGAUUGACCCAACUGUCACCAUGAUGCAGGUGGAAGAGAAGCCUGAUGUGACCUACAGUGAUGUGGGUGGAUGUAAAGAGCAGAUUGAGAAGCUGAGAGAAGUGGUGGAGACCCCCCUGCUCCAUCCUGAGAGGUUUGUCAAUCUGGGCAUUGAGCCGCCGAAAGGUGUCCUGCUGUUCGGGCCUCCCGGCACAGGAAAGACCCUGUGCGCCCGCGCUGUGGCUAACAGGACAGACGCCUGCUUCAUCAGAGUCAUUGGCUCCGAGCUGGUGCAGAAGUACGUGGGAGAGGGAGCCAGGAUGGUGCGUGAGCUGUUUGAGAUGGCCCGGACUAAGAAGGCUUGUCUGAUCUUCUUUGAUGAAAUUGAUGCUAUUGGAGGUGCUCGUUUUGAUGACGGUGCUGGCGGAGACAACGAGGUCCAGAGGACAAUGCUGGAGCUCAUCAACCAGCUGGACGGCUUCGACCCUCGAGGCAACAUCAAAGUGCUGAUGGCCACCAACCGGCCAGACACCCUGGACCCGGCCCUGAUGAGACCUGGACGUCUGGACAGGAAGAUCGAGUUCAGCCUGCCUGACCUGGAGGGUCGCACACACAUCUUCAAGAUCCAUGCUCGCUCUAUGAGUGUGGAGAGGGACAUUCGCUUUGAGCUGCUGGCUCGUCUCUGUCCCAACAGCACCGGCGCUGAGAUCCGCAGUGUGUGCACAGAGGCCGGCAUGUUCGCCAUCAGAGCUCGCAGGAAGAUCGCCACGGAGAAAGACUUCCUGGAGGCCGUUAACAAGGUCAUCAAGUCCUACGCCAAGUUCAGCGCCACCCCCAGAUACAUGACCUAUAACUGAGUGUGUGUGAGGGGGUCCGCUUUAGCUUUUUACUGUCAAAAGAACAGAGUAAAAAAAACAAACAUCUUGUCCUUUUGUUGUCAUUGUUGUUCACUUAAAUAAAGUUUAUUCCAGAUUUCAGCCUCAGUGAUUCUGUUAAAUGUAAAACAACCACAUAGAAACAUUAAAGGCAUCCUGUGUUUUACAGUAACCGCACAGCUACAGCUUUGUUAAAAAAAAAAAAUAGGAAAACAUUUGUUAUGCUGUAAUGAAGAAUAAAACAGCAGUGUACAAUAAACACCUUAUA